GGGGGACCAGUGACCUCUUAUUUAUCUCUUGGAGUUUCCUACUCUUUCUUCUCUCCUCUCCCUUCCUUCGCUUUCCCUUUCUCUUUACAUACAUCCGUUCAUAUAUCCCCGCCUGCUUAACUCUAUUUACCCAGCAAACCCUGCCUUUCGUCCGUUCACUUCUCGCCCGUUAUCUGUCACCACCAUCCAUCCACGUCCACAGUACACAUCAUACUCUCAUUGACGCCGCAUAGCAUUAUGGCUGCAACAAUACCCACUUCCCGCCCGCCUCCACACCACCACCAGCAACCAUACCCCUCCUACCGUACUAUGCGGCGGCAUCUCAAAGGCAUCAUCAUCUGCACAACCCUCUUCUGCAUCUUUGUGAACCUCAUUAUCUACCUCUCCGCCGAUACUCCUGAGCCCCCUGUCCUCCAGCCCGCAGAGCCAGUCCAGCGAAGACCUGUCGUCAUCCCUGAACUCUUACGAGGCGGGCGCCGGAACCCUCUCCAUGCACCACUCGCAGCUGAUAACUGGAAAAAUGACUGGUUCCGGUCCCAGGAACUAAACCCAGAGACCUUGGGUGAUCUGAAGAAGGAAGCUGCCAUGGAUCUGGUCUACACGUGGGUCAAUGGCACGGAACCAGCCUUACAAGACAUGAAGGAAUAUUACAAGGAUCUAUCGCCCUUGUUCCAGGCAUUGAAGGCCUUACCCGAGGGAUCGUUGAGACAGAAUAAUGCGGGACGGGGGAGAAAUGGAGCUACAGUGGACAAGAAUGCAGAUCAGACCGUGAACCGAUUCAGGGAUAUGAACGAACUCAAGUACUCACUCCGAUCUGUGAUAAAGUAUGGAGCAUCAAAUAUGUUUCGCAAAAUCCAUAUCCUGACAACGGAAGUCGUCGUUGAUCAGCGGACGGGCGAGAAGCGCGGGCAGGUCCCGCAGUGGUUGGACUUGGACAGAGCGAGGGAUAAGGUCGACCUAAUCACGCACAGCGAAAUUUAUGAUGACAAGGAGCAUUUACCGAGCUUCAACAGCCUGUCGAUCGAGAGUCAAAUGCACCAUGUCCGGGGCCUAACUGAUAUUUUUGUUUACCUCAACGACGAUAUGUUCUUUGGAAUGCCUGUCGAUAUUGCGGACUUCUGGACACCACUCUAUGGCUUCGUCUUCCGAAUGGAUCCACUCACAAAGAUCCCACCGCACCCACCAAAGCCUCUCGAGAACACAGCUGUCGUGGGUGAAUGGCAAUCCCUUCAGUACACCAAUUCGAUCUUGGCGAAGCAGUUUGGAGCCCGCCAUCGUGUCUACAUUGCCCACAUCCCUCACGUUCUCAGCGUGCCACUCAUGGAAGAGAUUCAGGCGACUUGGCCCGAAGAAUUCAACAAGACGAGCUCACAUCGAUUCCGAGGCGAAGGAUUCGCACAUGAGAUCCAAGUCUCGUAUCUAUUGUCGCAUUACACAAUGGAGCGACUUCGGGAGACUCAGUUGACAUCGUGGUGGAGGUACCGACUAGACAAGAAUCAGGAUGGGCUGCUGGACUGGGAGGAGCGGGAGGAGCUGAUCCGGAUGGUGAGGCAUUAUGAUAACUUGCAGGCUGAAAAUCAAAAAGUGAUGCCAGACUUGGUCAAGAGGACAUUUGUAAGCGGCCUUAAGGAUCAUGAUAGGCGGCUGGAGAACGUGGGGAUCUCGUGGACUAACCGGACGACUUAUUUCUUGACGGGAAUGGAUGAGUACCCCUUCAUGCUGGCGUAUGGCGACCUAACAAAGAGCUCAAGGCAUCAGUUCACCAAGCCCUACUUGAUUCAGCAGUACCAGAGGAAAUGCAAGUUCGAGAUUGAUUUUUGUCUGGGGCCUGAGUUCAGGAACAGCAGUAUCCCGUUCGUAGAUGCCAUGACCGGAAAGGGAUCUGUUUUUGAGCGGUUGGCGUUCACAGAGUUCCAUUGCGGGGAUUGUUUACUCCAUAUCGUGCGUCAGUCAAGUCCGAACCCCGGAAUGAGCGCACUAAUGCCUCUGGAUCAGAACUCGAAGGCCUAUGGGGAGGUACUGAGGGACCUGGCAAAGUACAACUAUGUGGUCGGGCACUCUGCUUUUUCGUUUCUCCAGCUCAAGUCUGGAAUGCAGGCGGAGAGUGCGCUCAAUACGCUGAUGCGGCAGUGGGAGAAGCAGGCGUUCUUUUGUAUCAAUGAUGAUGUACAGGACAAUCCGUUGAUCAUUGAGAGGGUCAAGAAGUUCUUCUCAAACUUCUUGAAUCUUCGGUUUCCAGAGCCUUCGCCGUACGAGAAGGAGUGAUUCUGAGGACCAGCUUUAGCUCCAUUGGCCUGCAUAUCCGUAUAAAGUACUGGCUGUAAAGAUAAAAAGUGCUACAAACGGCUGAUAAUGUACAUCUUCUCCCUCCAUUG